ACCUAAAAUCAAAAACCCCCAAAAAUAUUACAAAAUAUUAUUUAAUAAUAUUCCUUAUCUCCAAAAAUAUCUAUAAUUGGAAUAUGUAAUCAAAAUUUCCAACUUGCAAUGCAAAACCCUUCUUACCACGCCACUGAGACAUUUAAUCAUGAUAGAGUGGCUCGCAAGCAGAGCAUCCAUUGAGAUUAAUCAAAAGCUGGACUGACUUUCUGCAGUCAGUUGCGAUCUGAGCUUCGAGGAGCAAUGAUGGAGCUGCGUUUUUGGUUUCUGGCAAUAUUCCUUGUUCUGGGUGAGGAACUCUGCCUGGCAGAUGUUUCUGGUAACCAAACAAAGGAAAUCUAUCCCGAAUACUGCACCACCUUCGAUAAUAAACCAGGUAAAUGUGUAGACUACAGACAAUGUCCAUACAUCCUUGAUAUAGUGGCAAAGAUGAAUGCGAAGGUGAAGCUGACACCCAGAGAAACUGAAAUAUUUAAACAUUGCCUUUGUUCUGAAAAAAGUAAAACAAUUGUAUGCUGUGAGGAAUCCAUCAAUGAUUCGGGUUUGGAGGUGCUCAGGGCCAGUGAACCGGUGUGCGGAGUAUUCGGUGAUAACAAGGUCACUGGGGGAAAUGAAAUCAGAAUGGGUUCUCGACCCUGGAUGGUCCUGCUCAAAUACGAUAUACAAGAUGCCCAUGAGAGGACCGCCUUCAAGUGCGGAGGCACAUUGAUUACGUCGCGCUAUAUCCUAACAGCUGCCCAUUGCAUAUUAGAUUCGCUGAUUACCAUUCGUUUGGGAGAGCACAAGAUCUCAACAGAGCGGGAUUGUGAGACCUACGGCUCGACGGAAGUUUGUCUGCCUCCAUACCAGGAUGUUUCAGUGGAAAACUAUGUUGUGCAUGAGGGUUAUGAUAAUAUCACACUUCACUAUGACAUUGCCUUGGUCCGUCUGGCACGAUCCGUCGAGUUCUCUAAAUUUAUCAAACCCAUUUGCCUGCCUCUGCAUGAGGAAGUAAGGCAGAGUAUUUGGAAUAAUCAAAGACCGAACCAGAAGGUCACAGGUUGGGGCAUUACAGAGGGGGAUAUGCCAUCCGAUGUGCCCAAAGAGGCCAGUGUGAGACGUUUGACACUCGACCAAUGCAAUCAUGAUCGGAAUAUUUCGCUCAUUGGAAAUCAGUUGUGUGUCAGUGCCUAUCAACAGGACAGCUGCAAAGGAGAUUCCGGAGGACCUCUAUUAUUUCCUUAUUUGUAUUUGGGCCAACAGCGUUUCGUUCAGACAGGUAUCGUCAGUAAGGGACCAAGAGAUUGCGGCGCUGGGUCUUCGGCCAUCUAUACAGAUGUUACUCGAUUUGUACCCUGGAUAACCCAGAACAUUAGGGCUUAGGCUUAGGCUAUCAUGAGUUGAUAUUCUUAAAAGAGGUUACAAAAGGUUUGUUUAACUAGAAAUCGUAUAAUUUUUAAGUGCUUUUCUAAUCGCUUGCUGUCUGUCUACUUAUAAGAGCAAAAAAGAUUAGCAAAUAGGUCAUUAAGAUAAUGAAAUCAAUUUCUUUUUUUACCAUUAAAUCAAUGAAAUAUAAAUAAA